UGUUAAUGUUUGUCUUAUUGACAUGGAUUUUGACACGCAGAAGUCCUCUCUGCGCAAGCGCGCCAACGCGUCACCGCCUUCUACCUGAGAGGAGCGCACCUGGAUCCAACGAGACGGAAGUUUAGCGAAGUCAGAAGGCACACAAGGGAUUUUUUUUUUUGUCUCCGCGAAAAGUUUCUUUGGAGCUCAAUCAAACAGAUAGAGGAUCUCCAUUCAAAACAGGAUGCCAAUCGUUGAACUUUACCAGAACAAUUUCAAGGCUUUUCUAACCUAAAUCUGUAGUUCAGCGACUUAUGCUGAAUCCCAGUCCAAAGCCAGCCUGCUGUCCAGUCAAGAAGGAUGACAUCUCUUCGCAGAGUGCUCCGAAGGCGACUGCACCCACUUAAACUGGUGAUAGUGGCCCUUGUCUUCGUCACUUUUGUGUUCUUCAUACAAUGGGAAGUGGGGAGCCAAAGCCAACAGGAGGACCCGUGGCUGAAAGAGGUGGCAGUGAAGCGUGAGACCAUGCUGGGCAUGGUUAUGGGAGCUGUCAAUAACUUAAGGGAUGCGAUGCCAAAGAUGCAGAUCAGAGCGCCUGUACGGCAGCGGGAUAACGCAAACGGCGCGUCCUGUUUGUCCGGUCACUACACCGCCGCUGAGCUCAGGCCAGCUCUGGAGCGGCCACAUCAGAACCCUCUGGCUCCCGGUGCCGCCGGGAAACCUUUCCACACGGACUCACUGAGCCCCGAAGAGCAGAAGGAGAAGGAGAGGGGUGAGGAGAAGCACUGCUUUAACCUGUAUGCCAGUGACCGCAUUUCCCUGAGCAGAGACCUGGGCGCAGAUACCAGACCACCAGAAUGUAUUGAGCAAACCUUCAAGCGAUGCCCCCCCUUGCCGACCACCAGUGUGAUAAUUGUGUUUCACAAUGAGGCUUGGAGCACUCUGCUGAGGACAGUAUACAGUGUCCUCCACACCUCCCCUGCCAUUCUGCUCAAGGAGAUCAUCCUGGUGGACGAUGCCAGCGUGGAUGAUGUACUGAAGGACGAGUUGGACGAGUAUCUGAAGCAGCUGAACAUUGUCCGUGUGGUCCGCCAGCGAGAAAGGAAAGGACUCAUCACUGCUCGGCUGCUGGGUGCCUCCGUUGCCACCGGUGACACCCUCACCUUUCUGGAUGCCCAUUGUGAAUGCUUUAAUGGAUGGCUGGAACCUCUGCUGGCCAGGAUAGCAGAGAACCACACUGCAGUAGUGAGUCCUGAUAUAACCACGAUUGAUCUCAAUACCUUUGAGUUCAUGAAACCGUCCCCAUAUGGUCAGAACCACAACCGGGGAAACUUCGACUGGAGUCUCGCCUUCGGCUGGGAGAGUCUACCCGAUCAUGAGAAACAAAGAAGAAAGGAUGAAACAUACCCUAUCAAGACUCCCACAUUUGCCGGCGGGCUCUUCUCCAUCUCUAAAGAAUAUUUCUACCAUAUUGGAAGCUAUGAUGAAGAAAUGGAAAUCUGGGGCGGUGAGAACAUUGAAAUGUCAUUUCGGGUGUGGCAGUGCGGCGGCCAGCUGGAGAUCAUCCCUUGCUCCAUUGUUGGUCAUGUUUUCCGCACCAAGAGCCCCCACACUUUUCCCAAGGGUACUCAAGUGAUUGCUCGUAACCAGGUACGACUGGCGGAGGUCUGGAUGGAUGACUACAAGGAGCUUUUUUACCGACGUAACCAGCAAGCUGCACAGUUGGCAAGAGACAGGGCCUUUGGAGAUAUCUCAAAACGCGUGGACCUCCGUGCGCAACUGCAGUGCAAGAGCUUCUCGUGGUAUUUGAAGAACGUUUACCCAGAAGUCUUCAUGCCUGAUCUCAACCCACUCCACUUUGGCUCAGUGAAAAAUGUCGGCAAGGACUCAUGUCUGGAUGCUGGGGAGAACAAUGAGGGCGGGAAACAGCUGAUCAUGUAUCCCUGUCACGGACUAGGAGGCAACCAGUAUUUUGAGUACUCCACACAUCACGAGAUUAGACACAACAUUCAGAAGGAGCUAUGUUUGCACGGGUCAGAGGGGGCUGUGAAGCUGGAGGACUGCCAGUAUAAAGGCAGGAACACAUUUGUAGGAGCAGAGCAAAAAUGGGAACUGAAGGAUAACCAGUUACUCUACAUUCCAGGAUGGAACAUGUGUCUGAGUGCCCGUCAUGAGCACCCCUCUCUGGCUCCUUGCAGCCCCUCAGACAGAUACCAGCUCUGGUCCUUCAUCUGAGUGCCCAAACUACCACUUUACAAAAUAGCCACUCUGUUUGCAUAGGCAUACUAGGAUUGUGUAUACUGUACUGUAUGCAGUGAACAGGCAUUUUUUUAGAUUACUGACAUUGAUUUUUAAUUUAUUUUUAUACAUAGAAGAAUUGAACUGCUGCUGAUGGGAAGUCUGGACUUUGAGAGAAACCACAGUGUGCCACUGCUGGAGGGCAGCAUUGAAACGGUGCUCCCAAUCUGACUGUGAACUGAGAUUCUUGGAGGACGAUGAAGAUGCACUGUGUUUCACUGUGAGUGGUGUUUUUUUACCACUCCAAGUCUGCACAACCUACACAUGCAGUAUUAAGUAUACAGUGUCAACACUGAACAUUUUUCCAGUGAGACAUGUCAAUCUAAAACAUCAUACAAAAAAAAAAUACAGUCGCUUAUAUGUUAGAAACACAGGGUUCAGGUGGGAUACACAAACCCUCAAAU